UUUUCCUUCAUCCGAAAAAAAUAUGUAUGUCGGACAUCACUGUCAGCAAGUCACAGGUCAUGGUUACUAGAAACUUCUGAGUUAUGACGACGUCGAAGUGUAGAAAAAAAAAAAAAAGGGAGAAGAAAAUCUCUCUCCCGCCAUUUACGCAUUCUGCCAUUUCCUCCAUUAAAAUCCAAAAUAAGCAGCUUUCCCAUUUAGAUCCGCCAUUGUUGAACAACCAAACAGACUUCUUCUUCUUCUUCUUCUUCUUCUUCUUCUUCACACACCAUAGAUGAAAACCAAAACGAAGCCCUCCAAGAGAAAGCUAGGGUUACCUGCUGUCCUCCUCCUAUGCUUUUUCUUCUUCCUCGCCGGAUUCUACGCUUCCACUCUUCUCUCUCAGGUAUUUACCCACUCAUUUUACUCUGCAUAUCUAUUUGAUUUUCCUUGGUGGGUUUUGAUUUCUGGUUUGCAGGAUGUGCCUAUUAUUAGACCAAGGUUGAGAAUGCUUCAGGUGGCUGAGGGAGACCUUGACUCGAUGCCGCAUGGCGUGACUGGAGAAUCUUCUGUUGAAUCCAUUUCAUUUCAGGUUUUGAGCUGGAAACCAAGAGCUGUUUAUUUUCCAAACUUUGCAACUCCAGAACAAUGCAACAGUAUAAUUGAAAUGGCAAAGUCUCGCCUAAAACCAUCUUCCCUGGCUCUGCGGAAAGGAGAAACAGAUGAGAGCACUCAGGGGACCAGAACAAGUUCAGGUACAUUUAUUAGUGCAUCAGAAGAUAAAACUGGGGUCCUGGACUUCAUUGAGCAGAAAAUUGCAAGAGCUACAAUGAUCCCAAGGUCCCAUGGAGAGGCAUUCAAUGUCUUGCGCUACGAAAUUGGACAGAAAUAUGAUUCACAUUAUGAUUCAUUUAACCCAGCUGAAUAUGGUCUGCAGACAAGCCAAAGGGUUGCUUCUUUCUUGUUGUAUUUAUCUGAUGUAGAAGGUGGUGGAGAAACCAUGUUCCCUUUUGAGAAUGGCUUACAAAUAGGUUCAGGCUAUGAUUACAAAAAAUGUGUUGGUUUAAAAGUGAAACCUCGGCAAGGCGAUGGGAUUCUGUUUUACUCACUGUUUCCUAAUGGUACAAUUGAUCAGACAUCUCUUCAUGGAAGUUGCCCGGUUAUCGCAGGCCAGAAAUGGGUGGCAACAAAGUGGAUUAGAGAUCAAGCACAAACUUACUAAGAGUAGAUGUUAAACUAAAUCUGUAAUUUACUAUCAUCAUCACUGUAAUGGCAUUUUGGUAACCAGUUCAUUUUUCAAAUCCGACACUCAUAAGUGAGAACAUACAGAACCAUGUUCCACAUGUGUAUAUACUUUACAUUAAAAAAAAAAGGCCAAUGUAAACAGAAUUAUAUCAUUUCAUUU